GUCCAUCCUACUAGUCCUUACUAAUAUACCUCAAGCCUGACUCAAAAGCAAGACCGCCUCUAGUGGCCAACUUGUAACGACAUCUCCAACUAAAACGAGAACGAGCCUAGCCCGUCACUGUGAAGCAACAGGGUCUCGGACGCGUGCGCGUUGCCACCCCAACUCGCAUAAAUGCCCCUGCGGGUCCGUUUCGCGCUCAGAGCCACGUCCGCAGCCGCCGCAGUCUCCUACCAGCAGCCCUUGGUACCGCGCGUCGCUACGACCUCGUAGCAAUGUUCAAAUCACCUGUAUAAAUAUCCACCACAGUUCUAUUCUUUGACUUUAAAUUACAAAGUGGCUGUGUUGUUUUUUGUGGUCAUGACUUUUAAGUGACGAUGAACGUUUUGUGCUGUGGUUUUGACCUGUGCCGCUUUUAACAGGCACGAUGUGGCGAUUAGCGCCACUAGUGACGCGACUCCUGGUCGUGUCACUGGUGGCGCUCGUGCUCGCGGACGGAGCCGGCAGCACCUCGGUGGCGACGCUGACGCGGGGCCCCGCCCCCCGCCCCACGGUGCCCCUGCCCCGCAAGCAGCGCCCGCGCAAGCGGCGCACCACCACCACCACCACCACCCUCGAGCCGGACGAGGACGAAGAUGACGUCACUACGCAUCCUACCACCACCACCGUUGAUCCUAGGAUGUUCGACCACACGGAGCUGGGCACGUGCGAGGCGCCGCUGGGCAUGGAGAGCGGCAUGAUAUCCAACGAGUCGCUGUCGUCGAGUUCCAACUACGAUCUCAGCGUGUCGCCACUUAGUUCCAGGAUACGGAGCGAGCUGCGCGGCGGCGCGUGGUGCCCUAACGGGCUGAUCUCGCCGCGCAGCCGCGAGUACCUCGAGAUAGACCUCCAGGACGAGUACCUCAUCACUGGCACGGAGUCCCAGGGCCGGUUCGCUAACUCGGUGGGAGUCGAGUUCGUGGAGAGCUACUCGGUCGAGUACUACCGUGCUGCUCUUAACCGCUGGGUCAAAUACAAAGAUUUUAACGGCAGCAGACUGAUCCCUGGAAACGUCAACACGUACACCCCCCGGAAGACGAUAUUAGAGGCUCCAUUCGUCGCAUCCAAAGUCCGCUUCUUUCCUUACGCUGCCCACCCCAGGACGGCGUGUAUGAGGGUCGAACUUUACGGGUGUCUGUGGAAACAAAAUCUAGUUGCCUAUUCCGCGCCCAAGGGUGGAGACAUGCAGGCCAUGACAGGGGGGGCGCGAUUUGAGGACCUGGCUUACGACGGGAUGCAGCGCGACGGCAGACUUCUGGAUGGGCUCGGUCAGAUGACGGACUCGCUCUUGGGUCCCAACGACUUUGAACAACCUGACCCUUUAGAUACACAAGGUACUCGCUGGGUUGGCUGGAACAAAUCAAUGCAAGUCGAUGACGAAGUUGAACUCACUUUUAAUUUUAGCACGACACAACUGUUCUAUCAUGUUGAUAUCCAUACAAACAACAUGUUUACCAAGGAUGUGCAGUUGUUCAAAGAGGCGGAAGUGUACUUCUCCUUGGAAGGAGAGAGAUGGCAAGAGGAGUUGAUAUCGCACGAGCCGAAGCAGGACCGCGUGUCGGAGCACGCGCGCAUGGUGCACGUGCCGCUGCAGAACCGCACCGCCAAGCAUCUCAUGCUGCGUCUCAAGUUCCAGCACGAAUGGAUCCUCAUCAGCGAGAUCACCUUCAAAUCAGUUCCCACCGUGAUAAACGCUUCAGCGGAGUUUCUGGACGAAUAUUACCGCACCGAUUUGCCGCCGUCGUCCCGUAAGAAGCGCAACUCGUCCUUGCGCGUGAGUGUGGGUCUGGCGUGCGGCGCGCUUGUCGGCGCCGGCGCCUUCAUCGCCGCGACGGUGGUGCUCCUGGCCAAGAGGACCAGGCGAAGGAUACCAAACAUGCUUAAGAAGCCAUUUUGCCCAUCAUUACGGAAUGCCACCUCCAACUCCAGGAAUAACCGCAGGGCCCCCAGGCUGGCGCUGGCUCUUGCUAAUUGUCCACCAAUACACAUGCUAAGGCCUGCAGUCGUCGAUGAGGAUUAUAGAGAGCCCUACAACAUAUGGAGGGAGACCCUCGGCCGGCGCGACAAGCACGACGCCCAUGAUCAAAACGAAUACAACGAAAUCUGUGAAGACCCAGAAUUCCCGCGCCCCUACAUGAUGAAACGCCCCGACCCGCACGAGAGCUUCUACGCUGCCACCGACAUCAUACACCAUACGUAUCCCGAGGAGCGUACCUGCCGGCGCGAGCGGCCAGCGCCAGGGCUCUUCACCUCCAUAAAACUGCCGGAAGCGGAGCCCCCAAACGGAGUGGCGCCCCUGCUGGACUUCCCGCGGGGGCGCAUGCGACCAGUCACCUUCCUCGGCGAGGGCCCGUAUGGGAGUCUCCAGAUAUGCGAGACGGACGGCAUCGAGGAGCUGAGCGACGAGGAAUCUCCGAGCGGCACCCGCCGACGACUUGUAGUUGUCAAGACUCUCUGGCGAGGCUGCCAUAACGAUAUCAAGGCGGCGUUUGCCAGAGAGGCGACAUGGGGCGCUGGCCUGAAACACCCACAGCUCGCCAGAGUGCUCGGCUUGAGUCUACUCGAACCCCCGUGCGCGGCGCUCGACCGAGGCAACGCUGCACCCUUGCCUACGAUAUUGAAACCGGACAACAAAUUGAACUAUUCGAGUUUGAUUCACAUAUGCUGCCAGAUCGCAGCAGGCAUGAAGUACCUGGAGUCAUUCGAAUUAGUGCACCGGGAUCUCUCCGCUCGUAACGUAACAGUAAGUGAGGAGCUCAGCGUUAAGGUGUCGGACUACGCAAUGUUUUGCGACGAGUUCGUGGGGGACUACCACGUCAUGGCCGACGGCUCGCGCUUCCCCCUGCGUUGGAUGGCCUGGGAGAGCCUACUGAUGGGUAUGUAUUCGCCUGCUAGCGACGUCUGGUCGUUCGGUGUCACUGUGUGGGAGGUGCUGACGUACUGUACGGCAAAACCUUUCGAAGAGAUGGAUGAUGACCAGGUGGUGGCCAACGCGAGCGAGUGGCGGCGCGGCGGGCGCGGCGCUCGCGUGCCCGCGGCGCCGCCACCGCGCUGCCGCCGCGAGCUGUACGACCUCAUGCACGAGUGCUGGCGCCGCGAGCCCGCGCAGCGCCCGCGCUUCCACGACCUGCAUCGCUACCUGGAGCGCAUGACGCACGGCUUCAAGCCGCCGCACGCCACCCUUCGCUAAAUACACUCGACAUCGACGAGCCUCGACGUCCGUCAUCAUUCGAUCUCAUUACAUUAGAUAGGUUUUAAUAUAUUUCUCACUGAAACCCUGAUCCAGCUAGUACUAAUAUAUGUUUAGUUUAUAAACGCAAUGAAUAAUUUGACGGAUUUUCAGUCAUUUACUGUCGUAAAUUCGUCGUGCUCACAGUAUCCAUUGGCGUCCAUGUCAACGAUCUAUGUAUUUGUAGAUUUUCUAGUUUCGAAUAUUCAGUGACGCUCGGCCUAACCGAUUGAUUAGCUGCAACACUGAAUAGAUUUUUGGACUGCUCGAUAGGUCCAUCAUUGGAUUGCAAGCAUCAGCGUUUUUAUAUCAGUCAAAAUUAUUAAAUUGA